AUGUUCGGCAUGAAUUACAAAGAUCCACCUGAUCCAGCUAACAAAAAUCUAUACGAAGAUGAUCUGGAAGCUGAUAUUGGAGCUAAACGAAGAGGAAGAAGAGCUGUGCACAAGGAAUUUUCUCCUUACUCAGCGAUUAAACCACUGCGAUCGAAAGAAAAAAUGGAAGCUACAGCUAAUCGAUUAAGGGAAGAAAAGAAAUAUCUGAAUUCGAAAUCAAUUGCUGAUGGAUCCAAAGUAGUUCUUCGAGCUGGAAUACGUGAAGUAAUCAAGUCGAAUUAUGGGAAAGAAAACAAUGAUCCGCAAUUUAUAAAAUCGGAACUGGAUGCGUUUGAUAAGGUGAUUGCCGAACAGAAAAGAAUGGAAGAAGAAAAAGGAUUUGUGUUGCUCCAAGUAACUUCAGAUAUGGUUAAAGGAUUCAAUUCUUCUAAGAAUUCGGUGGUUGGGUUAUCUCCUUCGCCUCCUGUAAUUCAAGCGAGCAUGGAAACGAAUGCUGGCACUGUAACUGGGUCAAACAUUGGAAUUUCAAUUGGAACGAAGAUUGACAAAGGAAAUUUAGUUGAUGAGUCGAAAUAUACCAAGGGCUUCAUUGCUUCGAAGAUAAUGAAGGCUGGUUCGUCUUCUUCAGGCCCUGGUUCCAUAAUUGAAACAAAUGAUGGGAAGGGCAUUUUGGGAAAAUUCCCUGUUUCGCAAGAUGUUCCAGUUAUAACAGGUAAUCCUUUGGUCUUUGAAGCUAAUCCUAUUGCUCCAAUUAGUUGUCUUACUAAUUGUAAUGAUGAAGAUAUGAAAGAUUCUAUUAAUGAGAAUGGGAAUUUGGAAGUUGAUCCUGGAAAUAAUAUGAAGAAGGAGCAGGGAGCUAAUUUUUUGAACAUGGAUUUUACCAAACCUGUUAUAUCCCCUGCAGCUAAAUUGGUUAGUGAUUACAAUAAAAAAUCUUAUGCUCGUAUGGUUGAAUCAACAAUUACUGCAGUGGAUCUUAAUAUUAAAGUAAUUCCAAAAGUUGAUGGGAAACCUAGUGGGAAAGUUGAGUUACCUUAUGCAGAUUUAAUGUUGGGUGGUGCUCCUUAUCAUGCUACUUUGUAUGGAUUUUUUGUGGGGAAAAAGCUUGCUUUCCCAACAGUUAAUCAUUUUUCUUUUAAGAUGUGGAAGAUGUAUGGGCUGAAGGAUAUAAUGGUGAAUGAUGAGGGAUUUUUUUUCUUCAAGUUUGAUUCAAAAGAAGGAAUGAUGAGUGUGCUGGAGGGAGGUCCAUGGUUGAUUAACAAUGUCCCAAUGUUUGUUCAAAGAUGGAGGCCAGGUCUAGUUUUGAGUAAACCGCAAAUUAAUUCAGUUCCUGUAUGGGUUAAAGUGUUUAAUGUUCCUUUGGAGUAUUGGAACAGCAAAGGAAUUACGUUGAUUGCAAAUGAGAUUGGGAAACCAAUUGCUAUGGAUAAAAUCACUCAAAAAAUGUGUAAUGAGCACUGGGGAAGGCCAGCUUUCAUGCGAUUUCUUGUGGAAAUGUCAGCAGAAUCGGAAUGGAUGAAAGAAUUAAGUGUUGUAUCAAUAGAUUUUGGGACAGGAGAGAAAGUUGAAUCAAAGUGCAGGAUAGAGUAUGCAUGGAGACCUGAUAUUUGUAGUCAUUGCAAAAUUUACGGGCAUAAAAAUAACAAUUGUGGGAUUCUAAAUGGAAAAAAGAAUAAUGAUGUUACUGAUGUUGCUGUUGACAGAGAAGAAAAGGAGAGAAAAGAGAAAGUGGAUGAUGAUGGGUUCAUAUUAGUAACAAAGAAAAACAAUAAAGGGCAGAAAUUCAAUACCGGAGUGGUUAUUAAUGAAGAAGGGAAGGUGGAUUUAAUAAAAUCUUUGGAGAAAAACACCAAGCCUGUUUUUGAUGGAAUGGUUGUUAGCAAUAAUGAUGAAAGUCUUAAGGAUGAGGAUGGGAAAGAGAAAGGGGUAUUUCAGUCAAAAGAUGAUAAAAGUGGGAGAAAGAAUGGGACAGGGGUGUUCAUUCCAAAAGAGAAAUUAGGAACAAGAGUGAAGAAUGUAAUUGAAAACUUUAAUGCUAAAAAAGAUGGAAUACAGGGGAAAAGAGAAGAAAAUCAGAAAAAAGUGUAUGUUCCUAAGAAGCAAGUGGAGUUAAAAGUGAGUUCUAAUUUUGAUAAUUUAGGUUCUACGUCAGGAAAAAUUGAUCAAGAUGAAAUUACAACACAAAACCCAUUUGAUGUUCUUGCUGAUUUGGGUUUAAGAGAUAUGUCUUAUCUUGAUGAGAUGGAUUCGGAGAUUUUAACUGGAGGUGGCCAGGAGAUAAGCACCGAAAAUAAAAUUGGUGAUUAA